ACGGUGACACGAGAACAAAAUUUAGUUUUUUUUUUAACUGAAACAAUGAAGACCGUUUCAUUUUUGGUAUUUUUAUUGGCUUUGAUGUUGGAUCAGAUCUGCAUCAAUGGCGUAAUGGCCGUUACAUUUUCGGAGGUAAUUGAUAUAUUUGAUUUCAAAGCGAAGUUAGCUUACGGUGUAGGAACAGAUUGGAAAGCUGUACUGAGUCCAUACUUUUCACUUUGCACACCAAAAUCAACAACUACAGUUCAAACUAGCUUGAAACCGUUCAUUGAUUUGAACUUAAAAGGACAAAUAGAUCCAAUCAAGUUACGUAAAGAUGCCGCUGCCUGGGUAAAUCAAAAUAUGAAUGCCAUUUACAUCGAUAGUGACAAUCUCACUGCCACAUGCUUUGAAAUAGCUGCACAUCUUAAUGUUGAAACAACUAUUUUAUCCCAUCUUUCACAAAAAGAUGAAGAUAAUUAUAAAAAAUGGCUGUAUGAAGUCCUUGGGCCUGCCGACGUUAAAGUAGUUUCAGAUGCCUUAGGUGUAAUGCGAUCAAAGUAUACAACCACGUUCAUGACAUUUGCAACGGAACUGCAGAAGGUUGACAACAUGAAGAGUGAUUUUAAGAAGAAAAUGGAUGCGUUGUGCGCUUCAAUUACUAGUUUGUCCCGUAUCGCUGUUAAUGCAGACAUAUCGCGGGCUAAAUUCAAAGAAGUAAGAAUCGCUAUUGCAGUUUUCAAAAAGUGUCAGGACAAGAUUUUGGGGCAUAUUAAAACUGCUAACAUGGCCUUGCAUGGCUUUUACAACAAACGUGAUUUGUUCGUAAGAGUUUUGAUUGGAAAAGCUACCAUUCAAUAAAAUCAUUGCAUUUAGGAAAAAAAACAUCACAUAUAUUUGUUAAUUAAUAAAAAUAUAGAAUAAAUAAAUGAUGCUUUUUACCGAUGCUAUUUUCUGUACUUUCUGAA